CACGUGAGGAACAGAUACAACUCUCUCUCUUUCUCUAUGUUGGUAGCUCUACCCCAUACAUUUUUCUAGAGCAAUUUGAAUGCCGUCAACUAAUUUUUUAUUCGUUUUGCACACAAUUUAGUUGAAGUACGGUUCUAUAAAAGCUCACAAAGAUUGGCAAUACAAGUAACAUAUUGCUUCAAAGGUCUGCAUCGUUAGUGAUCAUAUAUAUUUUCACACACAAACACACACACACAGUGUUGUAAGUUGUAACACAUUGUUGCAAUGGUGCAAGUGGCUCCAAGAGUCGAAAGCUUGUCAAGCAGUGGGAUCCAGUCAAUCCCAAAAGAAUAUGUGAGGCCCCAGGAAGAGCUAAUGAGCAUCGGCAACGUGUUCGAGGAGGAGAAGAGGGAUGAAGGGCCUCAGGUGCCCACAAUUGACCUCAAGGACAUCGAUGCACCGGACAAGGAGGUCCGGGAGAGGUGUUUCGAGGAGUUGAAGAAGGCGGCAACGGAUUGGGGUGUGAUGCACCUUGUCAACCAUGGAAUUUCCCAGGAUCUUUUGGAACGCGUCAAGGCUGCCGGAGAUGCCUUCUUCGAGCAGCCGAUGGAGGAGAAAGAGAAGUAUGCUAAUGACCAGGCCUCUGGGAAGAUACAAGGGUAUGGAAGCAAGCUAGCCAACAAUGCUAGUGGGCAGCUUGAGUGGGAGGAUUAUUUCUUCCACCUUAUCUUCCCAGAGGACAAGAGGGACAUGUCCACUUGGCCAAAGACACCAAGCGAUUACAUACCUGCCACAAGUGAGUAUGCCAAGCAACUAAGAGGCCUAGCAACCAAGAUUCUCUCAGUGCUAUCUCUUGGCCUAGGGUUGGAAAAAGGGAGGCUAGAGGAGGAAGUUGGUGGCAUGGAAGAGCUCCUUCUUCAAAUGAAGAUCAACUACUACCCCAAGUGUCCUCAGCCAGAACUGGCCCUAGGUGUUGAAGCCCACACUGAUGUGAGUGCACUCACUUUCAUACUCCACAACAUGGUCCCUGGUCUCCAACUGUUCUAUGAUAACAAGUGGGUCACAGCCAAAUGUGUCCCUAACUCAAUCAUAAUGCACAUUGGAGACACUAUUGAGAUCCUGAGCAAUCGCAAGUACAAGAGCAUUCUUCACAGGGGACUUGUCAACAAGGAAAAGGUUAGGAUUUCGUGGGCCGUUUUCUGUGAGCCACCCAAGGAGAAGAUCGUCCUCAAGCCCCUGCCGGAGACCGUGUCCGAGACUGAGCCGCCUCUCUUCCCGCCUCGCACCUUUGCCCAGCAUAUCCAGCACAAGCUGUUCAGGAAGACUCAUGACUCCCAUGAUACUAAAUGAGUACUGCUUUGGUUACCUUUAAUAUUAUGCCAUUACUUUUAUGUUAGGACAGUGAUCUUUAUUGUUUGAUUGCAUGUUUGAAGCGUUAAUCUGGGCAGGAACUACACCAUUGUAUUUGUCCUCUUUGUCUAAUACGUUUGAAGUUUUCUCCAAUUGUAAUCAUGGUGAUUUUGCCUGUGAAAAUCAACAAAUAUAUGUGUGUUAAAUAUUUAUAA